UAAAUUAGUCGUAAAAAUUAUAUUUUGAUAAAUAAUUAAAAUCAUUAUGAUUCAUGGUAUUGGAAUAGAUAUAAUCCAAAUAAGUAGAAUGAUUAAGAUUCUUGAUCGGAGAAAAAGAUUUAUGGAAAAAAUAUGUCAAAGAAUAUUAAGAUAUGAUGAACAAGAGAUAAUACCUAAUUUAAAAAAUAAAAAAGAGUUUGCUCUUUGGAUAUGUACAAAAUGGGCAGCAAAAGAAGCAGCUUUUAAAGCAGUAAAUUUUCAGCAAAAAUUAAAGUGGAAAGAUAUAAAAAUAUGUAAAUAUAAAAAUAAUCAACCAUAUAUUCAGUUAUGGAGCGAAGGAAAGCCGACGAAAGAAAUGAAAUUAUCAAUUAGUCAUGAUGGUGAUUAUGUUAUUGCUUUUGUUGCAUGGUAAAAUAGCAUAUUGACUAAUCCAAGCACUACGUCUCUGAUGGCAUUA